UACAUAACUUCAGCAGAACCCAGUGACAUUGAUCUGCUUCUUUACUGUGGAUUUUGUAUUGGGAAUUGGAAAUACCUCAGCUGAUCAAGAUAUUCAAACAGAAGAAAAAGCAAGUUUCUCAGCAAGAAGGAUGAAGGACAGAAACAAAGAAAAGAGUGGAUCAGUAAGGUUAUUGUUCCUCUUAUUAUUGUCUUUGUUCUGCAAGACUGCCUCAGAGCAGAUUCAGUAUUCAAUCCCUGAGGAAAUGGAGAAAGGGUCCAUUGUAAGGAAUCUAGCCAAAGACCUAGGACUUAAUCCUGGAGAAAUAGCAAAUCGCAAUCUGCAUGUCCUUUCACUAGAUAAAAAGCAGUUUUUCACUAUCAGUGCAGAAAAUGGAAAACUGUAUGUAAAUGAUAGGCUAGAUAGAGAGGGGAUAUGUGGGAAAACUAUAUCCUGUCUUAUUAAUUUUGAAGUCAUGGCUGAAAACCCCAUGAAUAUAUUCCAUGUAACUGUAGCAAUCCUGGAUAUUAAUGAUAACACUCCACAUUUCUUAAAUGAGGAUAUCAGGCUAGAACCAAGUGAAUUAACUUUACCAGGAGACCGGUUUGUUCUUGGGUAUGCUGAAGAUCCAGAUGUUGGAAUGAAUUCCCUCCAAAGUUACCAGCUCAUGCCCAAUCAACAUUUCACACUGGAAACUAGAGAGAGAGAAGAUGGAAAUAAAUAUGCAGAAUUAGUACUGAGGAAACAGUUAGAUCGGGAAAGUGAAAGCAGUUUCCAUUUAACUCUUUUUGCUGUGGAUGGAGGGGAGCCUGCCAAAACAGGGACAGCCAAAAUAUGGGUUAAUGUCAUUGAUGCCAAUGACAACCCACCUGUUUUUGCACAAGAAAUGUACAAGGUUAGUUUGAAAGAAAAUGCUCCAAAAGGAUUUUCAGUGGUACAGGUGAAAGCCACUGACAGAGAUGAAGGUUCCUAUGCCCAGAUCAGCUAUAGCUUUAGCAGCAUUGUUAAAAGUGAUCACCAAAAAUUUAAUUUAGAUACCCAAAAUGGAACAAUCACAAUUAUGGAGACACUGGACUUUGAAGAAGCAGACAAAUAUUCUGUGGCAGUAGAAGCAAAGGAUGGGGGUGGGUUAGUGGCUCACUGCAAUGUUGAAAUAAAGAUAAUAGACGAGAAUGACAAUGCCCCAGAAAUUGUUCUUGUCUCAUCAUCCAGCCCAAUACCUGAAGACUCUACAUCAGGGGCUCUGGUAGCUCUUAUCAAUGUAAAAGACAGAGAUUCAGGAGAAAAUGGGAACAUAGUUUGUGAAGUAUUAAGCAAUUUUCCAUUUCAAAUUGUCUCAACAUCCAGUAACUACUAUAAGGUGCUUACAGAAGGUGCUCUGGACAGGGAAACUACUCCUGAGUACAAUAUCACAAUCACAGCCACAGACAAAGGCAAUCCUCCUCUUUCUGCAUUCAAGACCAUUUCAGUGCAGAUCUCUGACAUUAACGAUAACCCCCCAGCAUUUGAAAAGCCUUCCUAUAUUGCCUAUGUGCCGGAAAACAACCCCUCUGGAGCCUCCAUUUUCAGGGUCAAAGCCACUGACCCAGACCUGGAUCGCAAUGCACGAAUCCUUUACUCCAUCCAAAAAAGCAAUAUUGAGGACCUGCCUCUCUCCUCUUAUGUCUCCAUUAAUUCUGAGACUGGAAUUAUUUAUGCCCAGAGGUCCUUUGACUACGAGCAAUUCAGAGAGUUCCAACUUCAAGUGAAAGCCCAAGAUGGAGGUUCUCCUCCUCUGAGCAGCGAUGUCACAGUGAAAGUGUUUAUUGUGGACCAGAAUGACAACAGACCUCAGAUCCUCUACCCUUCUCAGGGAGUGGAAGGCUCAGCCUUGUUUGAGAUGAUUCCUCGUUCGGCCGAUGCAGAUUAUCUGGUGACCAAGGUGGUAGCAGUGGAUGCUGACUCAGGACACAAUGCCUGGCUCUCCUACCACCUGCUUCAGGCCACUGAGCCAGGGCUGUUCACAGUUGGACACCAUUCGGGUGAGAUCAGGACAUCCAGAACUUUUUUGGAAAGGGAUGCUGUGAAACAGAGGGUGGUCAUUUUGGUGAAGGAUAAUGGGCAUCCAUCGCUAUCUGCUACAGUGACUCUGAACAUGGUGUUUGCAGAGAACUUCCAAGAGGCCCUUCCUGAAAUGAAGAACCAGUCCAUCACUCCUGACUAUCAGUCUGACCUGCAGUUCUAUCUGGUGCUGGCCUUGGCUUUGAUUUCAUUCCUGUUCCUCUUGACAGUGAUUCUGACCAUUCUGAUGAAGCUUCGACGAUCGGGGAACCCCAAAUUCCUGCAGUGCUUUGGUCCCAUCCCCCAUUCGAACAAUGGUGUCGUAUUUCCACCCAACUAUGAAGAGGGGACAUUGCCUUAUUCUUAUCAACUUUGCUUAUCGUCUGAAUCCCGGAUACAGGAAUUUGCCUUUCCAACAAGCAAUGUUCAAACUGCAGAGAACGUUUCUUCUAAGAAUCAAUCUGAGGCACUUUUGACAGCCAGUGAAGGAAAUAUCUCUAAUUGUGAGAUGGAAAAAUCUGUUAUGAUGCAAGUUCAACUCAUUGCAGGGUAUGACUGUCACAUCACUGAGAUAAAAGGAUCUAGUCUGUCUGAGGGGGAAAAAGAGACAGCUAAUAUGUCUGGGAUCCAGAUGGACAGCAAGCACAAAGGGAAUGGCCGGGCACUCGGAAGGCAAGUACUGCUUCUCUCGUUAUUGUCUUUUUGCAGCUGGGCUGCCUCAGAGCAGAUUCAGUAUUCCAUACCCGAAGAGCUGCCCAAGGGAUCUAUUGUGGGUAACCUUGCCAAGGAUUUGGGUCUCAAUGCCAGAGAACUAACACAGCGUAAUCUACAUGCUGUCUCUGUGGAUGAUAUGCAAUAUUUCACUAUCAGUGGAGAGAAUGGAAAACUCUAUGUAAAUGACAGAAUAGAUAGGGAAAGGAUUUGUGACACAACUGCACUUUGCCUUGUUAAUUUUGAGGCAGUGGUUGAAAACCCUCUCAAUGUUUUUCAUAUAACUGUUGUGAUUCAGGAUAUUAAUGAUAAUGCACCAUAUUUUGCAAAUGGAAACAUCAGGUUGGAAAUCAUUGAAUCCAGUUUACCAGGCACAAGAAUUCUUCUUGAGAAAGCAGAAGAUCCUGAUAUUGGUAUGAACUCUGUUCAGAAUUACCAGAUCAAUCUCAACCAGUAUUUCACUGUGGAAGUUAAAGAAAGUAAGGAUGGGGGGAAAUUUGCAGAGUUAGUACUGCAAAAACCAUUGGAUCGUGAAAGGGAACAGGCUUUCCAGUUGACUCUUGUAGCGAUAGAUGGUGGAGAACCAAAAAAAACUGGAACAGCUCAAAUAUGGAUUAAUGUCACUGACGCUAAUGAUAAUUUUCCCAUAUUCACACAAGAACUUUAUAAGGUCCGUUUGAAGGAAAAUGUACCUGUUGGUUCACUUGUGCUCCAGAUUGUGGCCUCUGAUGAUGAUGAAGGUCCAAAUGCCCAGAUCACAUACCAGUUCAAGAACAUAGCACUAAAUGGCCAACAGAAAUUCAGCCUGGAUCCCAGAAAUGGAACAAUAUCUCUAAUAGGGCCACUGGACUAUGAAGAAACCAAAGAAUAUAGCAUUCGAGUAGCAGCAAAAGAUGGAGGAGGAUUAGUGACCCACUGCAACAUUGAAAUAACAGUUCUUGAUGAAAAUGACAAUUCCCCAGAGGUGACCAUAGUUUCUCUAUUUAGCCCAGUCCCUGAAGAUUCCCUUCCUGGAACAUUAAUUGCCUUGAUCAAUGUAAAAGACAAAGAUACAGGAGACAAUGGAAAAGUUACAUGCAACAUACAAAAGCAUUUACCCUUCAAGAUUAUUCCCUCUUCUAAUAAUUACUAUAAGCUGCAGACAGACAGUCCUUUAGACAGAGAAAAACAUUCUGAAUACAAUAUUACAAUCACAGCCACUGACCAAGGCACACCUGCACUCUCCACACAUAAAACUAUCUCAUUACUUAUCUCAGAUAUAAAUGACAAUGCCCCUUCUUUUGAGAAAUCUUCCUACGCAAUCUAUGUGCCAGAAAACAAUCCUUCUGGUGCUUCUGUUUUCACAGUAAAAGCCUUGGACCCAGACAUGGACCAAAACUCACGAAUCACAUAUUCCAUCCUCCAGAGCAACAUCAAGGAGCUCCCCAUCUCUUCGUACAUCUCCAUUAACUCCGAGACUGGAGCUCUCUAUGCCCAGAGGUCCUUUGACUAUGAGCAGUUCAGAGAGUUCCAGCUUCAAGUGAAGGCCCAAGAUGGUGGUUCCCCCCCUCUCAGCAGCAAUGUCACAGUGAGGGUGUUCAUCAUGGAUCGGAAUGACAACAGCCCACGGAUCCUGUCCCCUUCACAAGAAGCCAAGGGCUCAGCCUUGUUUGAGAUGGUACCUCGUUCAGCUGAAGAAGGUUAUUUGGUCACAAAGGUGGUGGCUGUGGAUGCUGAUUCUGGACACAACGCCUGGCUUUCCUACCAUGUCAUUCAAGCCACUGAGCCAGGAUUCUUCACUGUUGGUUCUCACACUGGUGAGAUCAGGACAGCCAGGGCCUUUGUGGAGAAAGAAGCUGCGAAACAGAAAUUGGUCAUUUUGGUGAAGGAUAAUGGGCAGCCGCCUCUUUCUGCCACCGUGACCCUGGACCUGGUGUUUGCUGAGAACUUCCAGGAGGCCCUUCCAGAAAUGAAAAGCCAAUCCAGCAGCCCCGACUAUCAGUCUGACCUGCAGUUCUAUCUGGUGCUGGCCUUGGCCUUGAUGUCUUUCUUGUUCCUCUUGACGGUGAUUCUGGCCAUUCUGACGAAGCUUCGGAGAUCUGGGAAUCCCAAAUUCCUGCAGUGCUUUGCUCCUGUUCCCCACUCAAAGGCUGGAGCCAUCUUCCCACCAAACUUUGAAGAUGGGACUUUGCCUUAUUCCUACCAGCUAUGUCUGUCUUCAGAAUCCAGAAAGAAUGAGCUCACUUUCCUAACCCCCAAUAUUCAGAUUGCAGACAGUAUUCUUUGUAACAACACAUCUGGUGUACCAAUCGUUGGUAAUGGAGAAAAACAUUUAAAUUCUGAGAUGGAGAGUACAAACAAGCAAGCACAACCUGUGAACACAGACUGGCGGUUCUCUCAGGCCCAGAGACCAGGCACCAGCGGAUCUCAGAAUGGGGAUGAAAAUGGGACUUGGCCAAACAACCAGUUUGAUACAGAAAUGCUUCAAGCCAUGAUCCUGGCGUCAGCAAACGAAGCUGCUGCCGCCGCCGCCGCCAAUCCAGAUGGAAAUUCAACUCUGGGAGGAGGAGCCACUGCAGGCACGAUGGGCCUCAGCACCAGGUAUGGCCCCCAGUUCACCCUGCAGCACGUCCCUGACUACAGGCAAAACGUGUACAUCCCGGGCAGCACAGCCACGCUCUCCAAUGCCGCGGGCAAACGCGACGGGAAAGCGGCAGCCUCCGGAGGGGGAAACAAGAAGAAGUCAGGAAAGAAAGAGAAGAAGUAGGCGGCACACGCAGGAGGAGACCGGCGCCAACCUUAGAUCUGAAGGGCAAAACCGUCCAGCACUCCCCCAAUUCAUAGCCUAGGAUGGAGGAUGAAUGUGUAUUUGCGGAUAAUAAAUUUUUUCUUUCAAAAAAUAAAGAACAUUCCGAAUGUAACGUCGUCGUUGCGUCAUCAGGGCUAAGAGUAGGCCACCUACCCAUAGUCCUCAUGAUGUCAAAGAAUUUGGAAACUAAACAAGAUGUAGUCCAGUGGAUUGUGAUGUAUUCACAAGAGAAACGCAAGGGUGCCCGAUGGGUGAAAGAUUUUCUUUACCAUUGGUUGACUCCAGAGUGAUCUGAAACAACCUACAAGGCUUAGGGUGGGUAGCUCUGUCCCCUGUAAAUAAUUCUCCUAAACAGAGAUCUGUAUGUAUGCAUCCCCCUCCCCCCAUUUUGAAGCACAUCAUCUCUUCCUCCAAUUUUGAUGAUCGAUUUCUCCCCCCCCCUAAGAACUAGCAACUGGAAUCCUUGUUCUGAAGUUGAUAGGGAGUGCUUUAGUUCCCGUUAAACCUGUUGAUUUAAAAGAAAUGUUUAUCCUGCAUUAUUAGAAGGGAAUGAGAUUCAGGUGCAUUAUAAACAUUUGUCUUUUAUUUUUAACCAGCAAUGGCCUAAAUAGAUGAAAGCGCAAUCAUGAUCUCCGAGAAGCAGGGCGCACAAGCCACCUUGCCGUGGGAAGCCUUCCGAGGGUGGGGGGGUGGCCACAGAUACACCCCUCUACCCUUACUGGUCGAUUACCAAGGCCUCUAAAGAGACAUCUCAUCUCCAUUUUGGUCAUGAAUAUUUAUGUGUACAGUAAAUGUUUUUCUGGAGUAAGAGUUAGAAGAAAGUAGUGGGCCGCUUGUGAGCAUAGUGAGCUGCUUUUCCUUGAUGCACUGAAAUAGCUCCUUGAGUUCCCGCAGGCAGACGACUUCGGUCAGCGAAUGGGUUCCGAUAGCCCAGCAGAGAAUGAGUUAAAAAGGAAUGCUUCACAUCUUUCUGCACAUUGAGUUGCAUGUAGAACACUCGCCUCUCAUGUACAGUAGGACAGCCAAUGCCUCCCACGCUAGAAUACAGAAGCCAUUGCAUGCCGUAAACAGCAUGAUGUAAAUAUGCUGCCAAAUGCCCACAACCCUGAUGCAACCCGAGCAUCGUCUGUCCGCCAGUUGAGUUCAGUAGCAAAAUGCAUUGCCCCUGUGUCGGAGCACUAGCAAAGUAUGCACGUUCCGUAUUGUCUAUGCAGCGCACCUAGGAAAUGUCUGUGGUUUUUUGGGCCUUCACAAUCAGAUGUUUAAGUAAACAGCAUUUGGCUGGAGAAAGUUCAGGGUCCAGGCAUGGAGAAGGGAUGCUGGAAUUAGUUCUGGGCGACGCUUGCUGACUGCCGAGACAGUGACCUGUCCCAAAGGUCAGCUUGGACUCCACAGUAGGGUUCUGGUGCAGUGAAGGUCCUCAGGACCUCUCUACCACCACCCCUGCCUGGAUGCUGCUCGAAGUCCACUGGAUUUUUUUUAAAAAAAAACCUCUGAAGUUCUUUUCCUGUGUUGUUAAAACCACUUUUUUGGGUUCUUUAACCAUAUUAUUUAAUAGCCUAGGACUGGCAGGAUUUCUGUACCUCUGUGCAUAUCCAAGCGCAGGCAGGCAGAGUUUGCCAGGAGCUCUGAGCGCAGGGGCUCUCCUGUCUACAGACAGUACGAGUUCCCUUCACCUGGCUUUUUAUAUCACAGGAGCUGAACUGCAAGAGACAAAGAGGAAGUCUCUUUUGAACACAGAGCGGUCCGAGGCUGUUUUUAUUUUUGUCCUAAACCUCUAAUCAGCAGCUUGCCUGAGACGGUCACGCCUUCUAUGAUCACCUCAGGUUAAACUUCUGACAGCUUUCCAAACCACUGUGGCCCAGCCUUGCUGACUGUGUGGUGUUCCCUGCCAGAGCGUUAUGCGCACUAUCGGAUCUGCUGCCUCCCCCGUGUCUAGAAAACCAGGACCAGUUUUGCAGGAAGAAACUUUUUGUCUGCAUCUGAUUUUUGUACCGAUCCCAGUCACCCUCCCUGUGUUUGGUGACUGCACUAGAAACAGUUUACAUAGUUAGUGAUCAAGGGUACGAUCCAGUCAGAAGUGGUCCUGUGCCAGCCCCCUUGAAAAGCAAGGCAGAAGUGCUCUUGCGCAGCUCCCGUUCCUCUCUGUGGGGCUUGCAGAGGAAGACAACUUUGCUGGAUCAUACCCAAGGCUUAUUAUGAACUAAAGUAGUUAUUAUGUGACCCUUUUCAAAGUACUGUAGCGGAAUCUUAGUUGUCUUUUCUUUUCCUUUAAUCAGCAACCUGAAACUAGUGUAGUAGUGCUGCAAACUUAGUGAUGUGUAAGGUUUCUGGGUUUUUUUUAAUCCUAGUAGUAGUUGACUUGUGGACAUCAGUAUUUUCUGAUUCCUUUGUAUCUUCUUUAUGUGUGCUCUUUUGUGCUCUUCAGUGUAUGUGGAUUGAAACACACUUGUCCUUUCAAUGUGUCUAAUAUUGAACUAUACUUAUAUAUUAUAUAUAUGCUUAUACCCUUCUUAUAUCCAUAUAGGCAGACGUUGAUGUGUACACGCAAGUUUUAUACUCUAAUAUUUAUAUUGCUCUUUUUUUUCUUUGGGAAAAAAAAUAAUAAAAUCUUUUCUUCUGA